AUGACCGGAAAGCAUUCUGGUGUUGUGCAAAAAAUAAAAGCCAUUGCACCUCCCGCUAUUUGGACACACUGCUUUUUACACGGAGAAGCACUUGCUGCAAAAGAUAUUGAACCAGAUCUUCACAGUGUUCUGAAUACUGCGGUAACGCUUGUUAAUUUUAUUAAAUCCAGAGCAACAAACUCCAGGUGUUUUGCUGCACUUUGUGAGGAAGUGGGUGCAGAGCACCAUUCAUUGCUCAUGCUUACAGAGGUGAGAUGCCUGUCUCAAGGCAGAAUGCUUGCCCAUACAUUUAAUCUCAAGGAAGAGUUAUGUAAUUUCUUAGUUGAAAAGAAAACUGAAUUUGCCAAAGUGCUGAAAGAUGAUGUGUGGCUGGCAAAACUGGGUUACCUCGCAAACAUAUUCAGUGAAAUGAAUAAAUUGAAUAAAACUAUGCAAGCUGGGAACACUAAUUUUAUUGCCCAGCGUGAAAGAAUUGAGACAUUCAAAAGAAAACUACAACUCUGGAAAGUUCGUGUCUGUGGGGGCACUACUGAUAUGUUUGAGCUCUUACAUUCUUUCAUUCAGGAACGAAACAUUGAUUUGGACGUAAUUAAACCUCAGCUAGGAGCGCAUCUGUCUGGUCUGCUUAACAAAUUUAAGGCUUAUUUUCCCAAAUUCACAACAGAACAAACUGCUACACCCAUGUGGACUACAAAACCCUUCAGUGAGAACAUUGAAGCUAAACUUCCCUCCGAUGUUCCAUCAAAAUUGUUAGAAGAGCUCAUUGACAUUUCAUCAGCCAGGUCCCUCAGAAUCAUGUUCAAAGAAACGCCACUGGAGACAUUUUGGUGGCAAGUAUCCCAGGAAGUUAUGACUACUAGCACUGAAAAUAGUACUACCACUGAAUCAUCUAUCACAAUGACUCAAACGCAGACACCAGCAGAAAUAUCUUCCAACAGUCCAGCCACAACUAGAUUCUCCACAGAAACAACGCUGCCUUUGUCAACAACAAGAACAGGCGAUGGCACAGUGACUUUAAACCCCUCCAAAACAGAAUCCAGCACCUCUUAUUCCUCCUCACCUGUAUUAAAGAGUGCUUCUCAGGCAAGCGAGCAAACUGCUUCUGUCAGUGUCAGUGAGCAGGGGUCUACUGCCACAAGUAAUGCUCGCACCGUGGAAACAUCCUCUACUCCUUCUGCGAUUGUCACGGAAUCCAGCUUGGGAGUUACGUCUACAAAAGCUGAAUUAUCAGUGGUUACCUCUGGACUGAGUACAAAGGAGGGGGUAACAUCUUCCUCUAACCAAAGAACUCUGAACGACGUAACUGCAACAGACCUGAGCCAUUCCUCAGUGCGUUCGACUGCAGGGACGCCCAGCACAGAUACAGAGAAGUCAGCUCUUCCGGUGAGCACUGUUAUUCCGGACAGCAGCACAGUGGCACCGACCGCAACAUCGCCCGUCACCACUAAUAGUCCUCCGCAGACAGAGGUUUCUCAAAUCACUGGCAGUAGUAACACCGUUCCAAACACAGAAAGAGUACCCACAGGCAGCACACGUAGCGAUAUAACCGAUGGGGAAUCCAACACCGCACCUGCCUUCACGGAGAAGGUCUCCUCUACUGCUUCUGUAGCUUCUGAAUUGGGUGAUGAAAGUACAGCUUCUGUAGGAACCAAUCCAAUGACUCACCUAAGUACUACGGCAGAGACACCAGCAGAAAUAUCUUCCAACAGUCCAGCCACAACUGGAUUCUCCACAGAAACAACGCUGCCUUUGUCAACAACAAGAACAGGCGAUGGCACAGUGACUUUAACCCCCUCCAAAACAGAAUCCAGCACCUCUUAUUCCUCCUCACCUGUAUCAAAGAGUGCUUCUCAGGCAAGCGAGCAAACUGCUUCUGUCAGUGUCAGUGAGCAGGGGCCUACCGCCACAAGUAAUGCUCGCACCAAAGAAACAUCCUCUACUCCUUCUGCGACUGUCACGGAAUCCAGCUUGGGAGUUACGUCUACAAAAGCUGAAUUAUCAGUGGUUACCUCUGGACUGAGUACAAAGGAGGGGGUAACAUCUUCCUCUAACCAAAGAACUCUGAACGACGUAACUGCAACAGACCUGAGCCAUUCCUCAGUGCGUUCGACUGCAGGGACACCCAGGACAGAUACAGAGAAGUCAGCUCUUCCGGUGAGCACUGUUAUUCCGGACAGCAGCACAGUGGCACCGACCGCAACAUCUCCCGUCACCACUAAUAGUCCUCCGCAGACAGAGGUUUCUCAAAUCACUGGCAGUAGUAACACCGUUCCAAACACAGAAAGAGUACCCAUAGGCAGGACACGUAGCGAUAUAACCGAUGGGGAAUCCAACACCCCACCUGCCUUCACGGAGAAGGUCUCCUCUACUGCUUCUGUAGCUUCUGAAUUGGGUGAUGAAAGUACAGCUUCUGUAGGAACCAAUCCAAUGACUCACCUAAGUACUACGGCAGAGACACCAGCAGAAAUAUCUUCCAACAGUCCCGCCACAACUGGAUUCUCCACAGAAACAACGCUGCCUUUGUCAACAACAAGAACAGGCGAUGGCACAGCGACUUUAACCCCCUCCAAAACAGAAUCCAGCACCUCUUAUUCCUCCUCACCUGUAUCAAAGAGUGCUUCUCAGGCAAGCGAGCAAACUGCUUCUGUCAGUGUCAGUGAGCAGGGGCCUACCGCCACAAGUAAUGCUCGCACCGAAGAAACAUCCUCUACUCCUUCUGCGACUGUCAAGGAAUCCAGCUUGGGAGUUACGUCUACAAAAGCUGAAUUAUCAGUGAUUACCUCUGGACUGAGUACAAAGGAGGGGGUAACAUCUUCCUCUAACCAAAGAACUCUGAACGACGUAACUGCAACAGACCUGAGCCAUUCCUCAGUGCGUUCGACUGCAGGGACGCCCAGCACAGAUACAGAGAAGUCAGCUCUUCCGGUGAGCACUGUUAUUCCGGACAGCAGCACAGUGGCACCGACCGCAACAUCGCCCGUCACCACUAAUAGUCCUCCGCAGACAGAGGUUUCUCAAAUCACUGGCAGUAGUAACACCGUUCCAAACACAGAAAGAGUACCCACAGGCAGCACACGUAGCGAUAUAACCGAUGGGGAAUCCAACACCCCACCUGCCUUCACGGAGAAGGUCUCCUCUACUGCUUCUGUAGCUUCUGAAUUGGGUGAUGAAAGUACAGCUUCUGUAGGAACCAAUCCAAUGACUCACCUAAGUACUACGGCAGAGACACCAGCAGAAAUAUCUUCCAUCAGUCCCGCCACAACUGGAUUCUCCACAGAAACAACGCUGCCUUUGUCAACAACAAGAACAGGCGAUGGCACAGCGACUUUAACCCCCUCCAAAACAGAAUCCAGCACCUCUUAUUCCUCCUCACCUGUAUCAAAGAGUGCUUCUCAGGCAAGCGAGCAAACUGCUUCUGUCAGUGUCAGUGAGCAGGGGCCUACCGCCACAAGUAAUGCUCGCACCGAAGAAACAUCCUCUACUCCUUCUGCGACUGUCUCGGAAUCCAGCUUGGGAGUUACGUCUACAAAAGCUGAAUUAUCAGUGGUUACCUCUGGACUGAGUACAAAGGAGGGGGUAACAUCUUCCUCUAACCAAAGAACUCUGAAUGACGUAACUGCAACAGACCUGAGCCAUUCCUCAGUGCGUUCGACUGCAGGGACGCCCAGCACAGAUACAGAGAAGUCAGCUCUUCCGGUGAGCACUGUUAUUCCGGACAGGAGCACAGUGGCACCGACCGCAACAUCGCCCGUCACCACUAAUAGUCCUCCGCAGACAGAGGUUUCUCAAAUCACUGGCAGUAGUAACACCGUUCCAAACACAGAAAGAGUACCCACAGGCAGCACACGUAGCGAUAUAACCGAUGGGGAAUCCAACACCCCACCUGCCUUCACAGAGAAGGUCUCCUCUACUGCUUCUGUAGCUUCUGAAUUGGGUGAUAAAAGUACAGCUUCUGUGGGAACCAAUCCAAUGACUCACCUAAGCUCUACGUCACAAACUCCAGCAGAAAUAUCUUCCAGAACUAUGUUCUCUUCUGCCCUCACUGGUUUAGACAGUUCAUUUUCAUCAACAUCUGAAAGUUCAUCAGUAUAUAAUUCUAUUUCAAAUUCUGUCCAAAUUUCUACACUUACUGAAAGGAUAACUGCCAAUGAAACUGUCACGAUUUCCUCCACAACAACUAAAUCUGUCAUACCUAUCACUUUUUCGAACACUACAAUAUCUCAGGUUUCUUCUACUUUUUCCACACCCAACAUAGCUGUUUCCUCACCAACUACAGCCACAACAAUAAUUCCUGCUAAUCCUACAAAGACAUCAUUAACUAGCAAAUCCACAGUUAUUGUUGCUACAGUUGUAACAGCAGGAGAUAGUUCCUCGAAGAAUACAAAGCCCACAGUUAGAAGUACAGCACCUGAAGCUGGCACUGUUUCAGGUAUCACAGAAACUACAUUACCACAAGGAACUUGCACUUCACUUAUUUUUUCCCUACAACUUGAGAAAGUAACCAGUAAAGUGAUAAAGUUGAAUUGGAAACCUCAAGGUGGGACAAGAGACAGCCCUUACACUGUGUAUCUGUUGAGGGAUAACACUGUGAGGAAUAAGAGCACUACGAACGAAACAUCGAUAGAAUUUAGAAAUCUGGUUCCUGGUGAUGAAUAUAUAAUAUCUAUGGAAGUUUUAACUUGUGCUAAGAAGAUCAAUACUUCAAAGAGAGUUCGCACAGAAGCUAAAACAUUUGACGGAAAAACCAGGAUUACAAAUAAAAACUUCAGACCUGAGUAUAACAAUAAAUCAAGUAAAGAAUUUAAGGAUUUUGAAAAGACGUUCAUUGAGGAGAUAAGAAAAAACUUGCCACCUGAGAUGCAAAGGUUACUAGACGAAGGAAAAAUGCAUAUAGUAAUCAACAAUCUUAGGAAUGGCAGUAUACUUGUGGACUUUAUGAUUGUUUUGGAUGUAGGAGAAAAUGUAACAAAAACAGAGCUCACAGAUGCUUUUACAGAGGCCUUUAACAACAGUACAGAAUUUCUAACGGACCACAACACUACGCUUAUAGAAGAAACGAAUAGUUGUGAGACGGGAUUAAAUGACUGUUCUGAACAUGCCAUAUGCAACGUUAGCGGGCCAACUUAUUCCUGUCAGUGUCAGGCUGGAUUCACAGACUUCAGUCCCAGUGUACCAGGGAGAGAUUGCCAAGAAACAUCUGGGACAACUGCACCAUCAAGACAGCCAUCUACAUCAAAGCCAUCUGUUGAAAGCAUUAGCCCCACACAAGAAUCUGAAACUGCACCUGCAACUUCUAUAAACACGACAGUACCAUUACCAAUGCUGAGUCCACAAUCUACAUCACUCAUAUAUCCAACCACAGUAAAUGUAACAAAUUUAAUUACAUCCUUAAUAACUACUACCCUUCACCCUACAAUUGUAGUCACAUCAACAAAUACUGUGAGUAAAGUGCCCAUAAGUAAUAUAACACUUAUCAGUCCUACUGGCAGUACUACAAUUACAAACACUGCAAUAGGUAAAAGUACUCCCACGGACAAAACAAGGCCAAUAUAUAGAGACACAGGAGCAACUACUGAGACAAAUUUUUCAACAUCCGCCACCACUGAAACACGUGUAACUUUGCCAGUAUCUUCAUCAGUACCUACAAAAUCCACGUAUACAUAUUCUGUAAAUAAUACAGCCCUGGAAACUACCCGCUUAGGAACAAUUGCUACGGAGUCCACUACAGCUCUUGUGUCUAAUGCAGUGCUAACAAAUGGCACUUCUAGGCCUUCUCCUACUACGGACACUAAUGAUACAUCUCCAGCCCCUUCCACAAGUACUAUUCUGGAUGCAACGAAAACACCCUCUCCUCUUUCCAGCACACAGAAAUCCUUAUUGUCUACAGCUUCUUCCACAGAGAGAAUUUUUACAGAGUCAUCAAAUACCUCAUCUACUGAUACUUCCAGAGCAACUCUGACUACCCCCUUAGGAACGAUUGCGACACAGUCCACUGCAGCUAUGAUGUCUAAUGCAGUGCGAACAAAUGGCACUUCUAGGCCUUCUGCUACUACGGACACUAAUGAUACAUCUACAGCCCCUUCCACAAGUACUAUUCUGGAUGCAACGAAAACACCUUCUCCUCUUUCCAGCACACAGAAAUCCGUAUCGUCUACAGCUUCUUCCACAGAGAGAAUUUUUACAGAGUCAUCAAAUACCUCAUCUACUGAUACUUCCAGAGCAACUCUGACUACCCCCUUAGGAACGAUUGCGACACAGUCCACUGCAGCUAUGAUGUCUAAUGCAGUGCGAACAAAUGGCACUUCUAGGCCUUCUGCUACUACGGACACUAAUGAUACAUCUACAGCCCCUUCCACAAGUACUAUUCUGGAUGCAACGAAAACACCUUCUCCUCUUUCCAGCACACAGAAAUCCGUAUCGUCUACAGCUUCUUCCACAGAGAGAAUUUUUACAGAGUCAUCAAAUACCUCAUCUACUGAUACUUCCAGAGCAACUCUGACUACCCCCUUAGGAACGAUUGCGACACAGUCCACUGCAGCUAUGAUGUCUAAUGCAGUGCAAACAAAUGGCACUUCUAGGCCUUCUGCUACUACGGACACUAAUGAUACAUCUACAGCCCCUUCCACAAGUACUAUUCUGGAUGCAACGAAAACACCUUCUCCUCUUUCCAGCACACAGAAAUCCGUAUCGUCUACAGCUUCUUCCACAGAGAGAAUUUUUACAGAGUCAUCAAAUACCUCAUCUACUGAUACUUCCAGAGCAACUCUGACUACACCCUUAGGAACGAUUGCGACACAGUCCACUGCAGCUAUGAUGUCUAAUGCAGUGCGAACAAAUGGCACUUCUAGGCCUUCUGCUACUACGGACACUAAUGAUACAUCUACAGCCCCUUCCACAAGUACUAUUCUGGAUGCAACGAAAACACCUUCUCCUCUUUCCAGCACACAGAAAUCCGUAUCGUCUACAGCUUCUUCCCCAGAGAGAAUUUUUACAGAGUCAUCAAAUACCUCAUCUACUGAUACUUCCAGAGCAACUCUGACUACCCCCUUAGGAACGAUUGCGACACAGUCCACUGCAGCUAUGAUGUCUAAUGCAGUGCGAACAAAUGGCACUUCUAGGCCUUCUGCUACUACGGACACUAAUGAUACAUCUACAGCCCCUUCCACAAGUACUAUUCUGGAUGCAACGAAAACACCUUCUCCUCUUUCCAGCACACAGAAAUCCGUAUCGUCUACAGCUUCUUCCACAGAGAGAAUUUUUACAGAGUCAUCAAAUACCUCAUCUACUGAUACUUCCAGAGCAACUCUGACUACCCCCUUAGGAACGAUUGCGACACAGUCCACUGCAGCUAUGAUGUCUAAUGCAGUGCGAACAAAUGGCACUUCUAGGCCUUCUGCUACUACGGACACUAAUGAUACAUCUACAGCCCCUUCCACAAGUACUAUUCUGGAUGCAACGAAAACACCUUCUCCUCUUUCCAGCACACAAAAAUCCUUAUCGUCUACAGCUUCUUCCACAAAGAGAAUUUUUACAGAGUCAUCAAAUACCUCAUCUACUGAUACUUCCAGAGCAACUCUGACUACCCCCUUAGGAACGAUUGCGACACAGUCCACUGCAGCUAUGAUGUCUAAUGCAGUGCGAACAAAUGGCACUUCUAGGCCUUCUGCUACUACGGACACUAAUGAUACAUCUACAGCCCCUUCCACAAGUACUAUUCUGGAUGCAACGAAAACACCUUCUCCUCUUUCCAGCACACAAAAAUCCUUAUCGUCUACAGCUUCUUCCACAGAGAGAAUUUUUACAGAGUCAUCAAAUACCUCAUCUACUGAUACUUCCAGAGCAACUCUGACUACCCCCUUAGGAACGAUUGCGACACAGUCCACUGCAGCUAUGAUGUCUAAUGCAGUGCGAACAAAUGGCACUUCUAGGCCUUCUGCUACUACGGACACUAAUGAUACAUCUACAGCCCCUUCCACAAGUACUAUUCUGGAUGCAACGAAAACAGCUUCUCCUCUUUCCAGCACACAGAAAUCCGUAUCGUCUACAGCUUCUUCCACAGAGAGAAUUUUUACAGAGUCAUCAAAUACCUCAUCUACUGAUACUUCCAGAGCAACUCUGACUACCCCCUUAGGAACGAUUGCGACACAGUCCACUGCAGCUAUGAUGUCUAAUGCAGUGCGAACAAAUGGCACUUCUAGGCCUUCUGCUACUACGGACACUAAUGAUACAUCUACAGCCCCUUCCACAAGUACUAUUCUGGAUGCAACGAAAACACCUUCUCCUCUUUCCAGCACACAGAAAUCCUUAUCGUCUACAGCUUCUUCCACAGAGAGAAUUUUUACAGAGUCAUCAAAUACCUCAUCUACUGAUACUUCCAGAGCAACUCUGACUACCCCCUUAGGAACGAUUGCGACACAGUCCACUGCAGCUGUGAUGUCCAAUGCAGUACAAACAAAUGGCACUUCUAGGCCUUCUGCUACUACGGACACUAAUGAUACAUCUACAGCCCCUUCCACAAGUACUAUUCUGGAUGCAACGAAAACACCUUCUCCUCUUUCCAGCACACAGAAAUCCUUAUCGUCUACAGCUUCUUCCACAAAGAGAAUUUUUACAGAGUCAUCAAAUACCUCAUCUACUGAUACUUCCAGAGCAACUCUGACUACCCCCUUAGGAACGAUUGCGACACAGUCCACUGCAGCUAUGAUGUCUAAUGCAGUGCGAACAAAUGGCACUUCUAGGCCUUCUGCUACUACGGACACUAAUGAUACAUCUACAGCCCCUUCCACAAGUACUAUUCUGGAUGCAACGAAAACACCUUCUCCUCUUUCCAGCACACAGAAAUCCGUAUCGUCUACAGCUUCUUCCACAGAGAGAAUUUUUACAGAGUCAUCAAAUACCUCAUCUACUGAUACUUCCAGAGCAACUCUGACUACCCCCUUAGGAACGAUUGCGACACAGUCCACUGCAGCUAUGAUGUCUAAUGCAGUGCGAACAAAUGGCACUUCUAGGCCUUCUGCUACUACGGACACUAAUGAUACAUCUACAGCCCCUUCCACAAGUACUAUUCUGGAUGCAACGAAAACACCUUCUCCUCUUUCCAGCACACAGAAAUCCGUAUCGUCUACAGCUUCUUCCACAGAGAGAAUUUUUACAGAGUCAUCAAAUACCUCAUCUACUGGUACUCCCAGAGCAACUCUGACUACCCCCUUAGGAACGAUUGCGACACAGUCCACUGCAGCUGUGAUGUCCAAUGCAGUACAAACAAAUGGCACUUCUAGGCCUUCUGCUACUACGGACACUAAUGAUACAUCUACAGCCCCUUCCACAAUUACUAGUGUGGACACCACAAAAACACCUUCUCCUGUUUCUACCACACAAAAAUCCUUAUCAUCUACAGCUUCUUCUGCAGUGAGAUUGACUACAGGUUCAUCAGAUACAUCAUCUACAGAUACGUCCAGCAUAACAAUGAUUCCGCAACCCAGAACUACUUCUGCAAGUUCAACCACAAAAAUGCCAACAACAUUUUCUACAAUCCCUAUGACACCUCCAUAUAGGUCUACGAUUGUUACAUCUCCAGAGACUUUCAGCAGGACGAUAAGAUCUACAGCUAUAGUUACAGGAUCUACAACUAAUCCUAUUUUAACUACCACAUCAGAAGCUUGCACUCCAGUUGAUUUUUCCAUACAACUUGAGCAAGUCACCAGUGAAAAGAUACAAUUCAACUGGAAACCUCAAGGUGGUGGAAGAGGCAGAACUUAUACAGCUUCUCUGUUGGGAGAGAACAAAGUGGUGAAUAAAAAUACUGGAGAUAAGACAAGCAUAACAUUUGAAGAUCUGCUUCCUGGUCAUGAAUACUCAAUAUCUGUGGAGGAUUCCACCUGUGAUAAGAAGAUCAAUAUUUCCAUGAUGGUUCGGACAGAGCAUAGGCAUAAUGACACAGUUUUAAUUAUAGGGUUACACACUAUUUCUAAAAAAUACAUGUAUGAUAAAAAGAAUUCUACGACCUCAGACACGAGUAGCAUCUUGUAA